AUGGAGUCCAUUGUUAUUGUCGAUGCUGGACGACAUUCAGUCAAGUACUUGUCCACUUCCAAGCGCAACCGACGAAAGGAAGGGGAUAAAUGCAUCUUCAAUGAUAUUUCCCCAACCAUGACGCAGGCCGUGGACGUAUCCCUGGCGGACUGGAAUGAGGUCCUGCCCAAGGUGCUCUCCCGGGAGGUCGACCCCGCCGAUGAUCUCACGCUUUUUAUCCUCACGCAGCCUCUCUUUUCGCGCAGGGACCGCGAACUUUUGUUCACCACCUGUUUUGAGUAUUUGGGGGCGAAGAAGGUGUGUUUGGGCUACGCCCCCGUGGCGGCUCAUUUCGCCGCCGGCGAGGUCUCCGGGGUGAAUGUGGAUAUCGGCUUCAGCGCCGUCCGCAUCACACCAAUUUAUCAGGGGAUUCCCUGCACGGCCAUUUCAGAAGUUUACCCAACCAUAGGUGCCGCGCACGUGGAUGAGGAGCUCGCGAGGUAUUAUACCGUCGGUCCCCUCCCGCAGGAGCUCACCGCCCUGAAAUCGCAAGUUUGCUGGAUAGGUCGCCACGAUUGCGAAAAUGACGAAAAGUGGGAUAACGAAAGCGGUUUUUCCCGUUUUGUGGACGAGAUUACAUUGCCCGAUGGGAGUUGUGCUCGCGUGCCUUUUGGCCCCCACGACGCCCUCCAGGCGGGGCGCCGUCUGCUGUACAACUCAACCGUGAGCCUGCCGGAUAGUUUUCAGAGCAUUUAUCAAAGUUUUUCUAUCGAAUUUCACAACUGCCCGUAUUGGUCGUUGUUUGGUGGGGCAUCAGAUAUGUUCGGCGUCAACGACACCCUUACGCGUGCGCUUUCGGGGUCGCUACCCUUAACUGAUCCGAUUCAGCUGCGGCUGCGGAAUUCCUGCAAUGCACCCGUGGAGGGGGCGUCGAUUGUCUCCCAACUAAAUACCUUUAAAUCGAUGUGCGUGGGGGUUGAAAGCUAUGAAGAGGAUGGACCAGAGCGCUGCGUUCAUUCGAAGAUUCUUGAUUCAAGAUGA